AUGUCGGACUCCUGUAUCUCUCUCUCGGGAUCGAGCGCUUGUCCCGCGUGGAGCGGUUCUUCUGUUUCGACUAAUUCGAGCUUGUAUGGGAGUUUCCCAUUCCUUAAAGGUAUAUCGAACCUUACAGAGUUCGAUGAUUCAUUAAAAGACUAUGUGUCUGGGUCAUACGUCUCGACUAAGUAUGACGACUUGCUCGGAUGUCAGGGCCUCAAUACGAGUGCUUCCAACGACUACUACGCGCAAUAUACGAUAAGUGUAAUGUGCAGUAGUGUGAUACAAAGCUCCAUAUCCGACUGCGCUCUUUCAACAGAUGACUCAUUGCCAAUUUGUGUCGACACAUGCGCUCUCUGGGCGCGAAGUGAGGAAGAGACUAUGGUAAAUACGGACCUGUGCAGCAGCACCGACAAAGACUAUACGAGUCAAAUCUACUCCGACUUGGUCAUCUGCGAGAAACCAUCCAAAGCCCUCUCUGGAGAUUGUAUCGAAGGAGCCGCAAACGAGCCUGACAACUGUGGCUUUGCAUCCAACACCAUCGGCCUUUGCACUUACUGUGCAAACGACAACGACACUUGCUGCACAAAAUCCAACGCAACAAGCGUCUGCGACGGUGUUUCGGUCCCAACAUCAACACUCCCACCACUCACCCCGUCGGCUUCCGCCACCUCCACCGCAGCAGCAGCAGCCAGCCACGGUCUCUCAGGCGGUGCAAUAGCCGGAAUCGUCAUCGGCUCUAUCGCAGGAGCCGCCAUUUUAGCCGCCCUCCUCGCCUUCCUAUGUAUCUUCAUGCGCCGCCGCCGCAGAGAAAAGCCAGCCGACGGCGCCCUAAACCAACCCAACCCGCAACGAAAAGGCAGCUCGCCCUCGCAACAACCCCCCAGCCCAACGUCGUACAACAUGGUCCCAGGCGGACGCGUCACCCGAAUGUCCGCACUACGCGAAACUCCCAUCUCCUCACCCGCCUACUCGCGCACCUCAGCAGCAAUGUACGGCAGCGCCGCCAAAUACAGCGAUACAGACUCCGAAGGCCGGGGCGCCAGCCCUGGCGCAAUGAACAAAAGGAUCCCACCCGUGACAGGCAAGCGCGCGGGCUCGCUAUCCAGCAGUUCGGCCUUUGCAGGGCUCGAAAGUGACAGCUCGCCGCGUUCCGGCCCAACGAAUCAGUACUCGUCUCCGGAACAGGUCACCAGCGGACAAUCAGAGCAGCUGUCCUAUUUCCGCGACUACUACUCACAAGACGAGAUCAAGGCCGGUGACAAGGUCGCUGUGCUGUGGGCGUACUCGCCGCGCGCAGGCGACGAGUUCGAGCUCGACCGUGGCGAGAUGCUGCGCGUUAUUGGUAUCUGGGAUGAUGGGUGGGCGACUGGUGUGCGGCUUACGGAGCGGGCGGAGGACUUCGUGAACCAUCGUGAGCAGCGCGAUAGUGGGGUUUCGAGUGGGAGUCGGAUGCCCGGUGCUUCUUCGCCUAUGCCGUCUGGCGAGAUUAAGGCUUUCCCGUUGGUUUGUAUUUGUUUGCCGCAGCAUUGGCAUAAGAUCAUCGACGGUGGGCAGGAAGAUGAGGAUGUUUGA